AUGGCGCUUCUACAAUAUAAAGCGCCGGUGAAAUAUUCGGAGCAGAAAGAAUUGUUCAAGGAAUUUUUGCAGCACUUUAAGUCUUUCGAGUCUGCUUCAGAAUCUGCUGCCACAGAGGCAAUUGAGGGUCUACACAUUGAGGAAAAUGAUAUCAGCGACGAUGAUGACAUUAUGGAGGAAAUUAAUGGAGACACGCCAGGUGGACGCUCAGUUCGACGGCGCAACAGGCAGCCAAAGUUGAAGUAUAUGCAAGUGUUACAAGAUGUCGCAGACAGAACGAAAAACAACGUUCUAAUCGAGUUGGAUGAUCUAGACGCAUUCGUUAAAACUUUACCUGAUGGGUCUCAUUCGGACCUUAUCCCCAGUGUUGAAAACAAUACAAAGCGCUAUCUCGACGUGUUUUCGGAGGUUGUGGAUGAGGUUAUGCCAAAGGAGACACGAGAAGUUUCAUUCAAAGACGAUGUCCUCGAUAUAAUCAUGUCGCAGCGCGAGAGACGAAACGAGACUAUGGCAAUGGCUGCAGAGGCCAAUCUUGAUACUGGAGUGGCAGCUUCACAAUUUCCUCCUGAACUUAUUCGCCGUUAUACCCUAAAUAUUAAACCUCGGACGCCCUCUGGCUCCAGCAGCGAACGGAACUCAAAAGCUUUGGCUGUGAGAAAUGUGAAGGGAGAGCACCUUGGAAGGUUGAUCACUGUUCGAGGUAUCACGACUCGAGUCUCAGAUGUUAAACCCUCCGUCAAAAUCAAUGCGUAUUCAUGUGAUCGUUGUGGGUCAGAAGUAUUCCAACCUGUCACGGCGAAGCAGUUUCUACCACUUCAGGAAUGCCCUUCGGAAGAAUGCACGAAAAAUCAGUCCAAGGGUCAACUAUUUAUGUCCAGUCGUGCAUCGAAAUUUAUUCCCUUCCAGGAAGUCAAAAUUCAGGAAAUGGCAGAUCAGGUUCCUGUUGGGCAUAUCCCUCGAACUCUCACCAUCCAUUGCCUUGGUAGCUUGGCCCGACAAGUGAACCCCGGCGAUGUCGUGGAUGUAGCUGGCAUCUUUCUUCCGACACCAUAUACAGGCUUCCGGGCGAUUCGAGCAGGUCUGUUAACGGAUACGUAUGUUGAAGCGCAGCAUAUCACACAACACAAGAAAGCGUAUGAAAACCUUAAAAUGGACCCUCGCACGCUUCGGCGAAUUGAACAGCACAUGUAUUCCGGGCAUAUGUACGAAUACCUCUCCCGCUCCAUUGCGCCAGAAAUCUACGGCCAUUUGGAUGUAAAAAAGGCGUUACUUUUACUAUUGAUUGGCGGUGUGACAAAGGAAAUGGGAGACGGCAUGCGUAUUCGUGGCGAUAUUAAUGUCUGCCUAAUGGGUGAUCCUGGUGUGGCUAAAUCUCAAUUGCUUAAAUAUAUUGGAAAAGUUGCGCCUCGAGGUGUAUACACUACAGGUAGAGGAAGCAGCGGUGUCGGUCUUACCGCAGCAGUCAUGCGCGAUCCUGUUACGGAUGAGAUGGUGCUCGAGGGCGGUGCUUUGGUCCUCGCAGACAACGGUAUCUGCUGUAUCGACGAGUUCGAUAAAAUGGACGACGGCGAUAGAACAGCAAUUCAUGAAGUUAUGGAGCAGCAAACAAUAUCCAUCUCCAAAGCUGGAAUAUCGACCACACUUAAUGCGAGAACAUCUAUUUUAGCAGCUGCUAAUCCGCUCUAUGGACGGUAUAAUCCUCGAGUGUCUCCAGUGGAGAAUAUCAAUCUUCCUGCGGCCCUUCUUUCUCGUUUUGAUGUCUUAUUCUUAAUGCUCGAUACCCCAUCUCGUGACGCUGAUGAAGAACUUGCUCACCAUGUCACUUAUGUGCAUAUGCAUAAUAAGCACCCGGAAACGGGUGACAAUGAAGUGAUAUUUACACCUAACGAAGUCCAACAAUACAUUGCUAAAGCUCGUACUUUCCGACCCACCGUCCCUAAACAGGUCUCGAAUUACAUGGUGGGCUCCUAUGUCCGCCUGCGCCAAGAUCAGAAGACAGAAGAAGGAAGCAAAAAACAGUUUUCACACACUACACCACGAACUUUACUUGGUGUUUUACGUCUCUCACAGGCACUAGCUCGUCUACGAUUCAGUCACGAGGUCGUUACGGAAGAUGUGGACGAAGCACUUCGUUUGAUUGAAGUCAGCAAAUCGAGCUUGUACACGGAUAACCAGGGCGGCGCGGAUCAGACGCCCACAAGUAAGAUCUAUAAUUUGAUACGAGGCAUGCGGGAAAGCGGCGCUGCCGCUACCGGUGAUGGCGGAGACGGAGAGUUGAGUAUCAGGAAAGUCAGGGAGAGAGUAUUGGCGAAAGGGUUCACGGAAGACCAGCUCAGCAGCACUAUCGAAGAAUAUACCGAUUUAUAUGUUUGGCAAGUUACCGGUAAUGGUACAAAACUUGUUUUUAUUGAAGGAGCUGAAGAUGAGGAUAUGGACAUGUAG